AUUCUGUUGAAUCACUUUCAGCUCUCGGCAGACAGGAAAGUAACAGUCGACGUUACUUCAAGAUGGAAAGUCCACGCUGGUUGCCCCUGGAGUCAAAUCCAGAAGUCAUGACCAAGGUGAGCAUCUUCUUCUGAUUUAAAUGUAACACCAGGUGGGUCUCAAUAAUCGGCGACAUGGGACAAGGCCUCCUACAACGAGAGUCAAGUUAAGUUGGUUUAAUUCCAGUCGGCUGUCCGGGAACUGUUUAGUAACAUCCACCGGGAAAUGAGAGCCAUUAAACCCCCCUCUGAGUGAAGGUGUCGCCGUUACCCCGGGUUAAUGACUGUGUGCUGGUCACGUGUGACGAUGGGAAGCGGCUGGACGUCCAGUGUGUGCGGGUUCAUCAGGGUCACGUGGUCGAGCUCAUCCCGCACAGUGUAACUAUGUUUAUGUGUCACGGGGGAGACAGACUGUUAAAUUGGUACAUUCCUAGUUGAUUUGUGUAACCAGUCAACACGCACUAUUGUGCAUAUGGGAUUUAGGUUUUCAUUAAAGUUUAGUUUGAUUACAACCUUGUCUUUUAUUAUUGUAAAUUGCUAUUUCUUUCCUAUACUUGUUACCAGAAAUUCAUUAUUUAUAGAACAAAAAUGAACACAACUUUAGUAUGCCGUCAUGCAGUGAAUAUUACUUUUUAGUGUAGUUUACUUUUUUAUUUUAUUAUAUUCCAGACCAGGGGUCAGGAACCUUUUUGACUGGGAGAGCCAUAAAAGCCAAAUAUUUCUAAAUAUAUUUCAGUGAGAGCCAUAUAGUAUUUUGACACGUAGAGACAGAAUGACAUGCUGCUGUAGAGACGAUCAAUAACAGACGGCUGUUUAAUAAAAGAACAAAGACGUGCUCUUUAAGAAAGGGACCUUAAAUUACUUCUGCUGUAAUCUGGCGCGAUAGAGAAAAUUACAGGAGGGCGGGCGGAGAUAUAUUUAUUUUUUACCUCAAAAUUGUCGGAGCCAUAUGUCGUCACCGGAAGAGCCAUAUAUGGCUCGCGAGCCAUAGGUUCCCGACCCCUGUUCUAGACCGUACAAGAAUAUGGUAUACCCGAAGCCAUCUAUUACAUACAACCGAUCUGAGUUCAACUCCUCUACCUUAUUGUCAGGUGAGCUGUCGUCUCUGCAUGCGCACAAAUGAAUUCUCGGCUUCUUUUGUUGUAGUUCGUCAACUGCUUGGGAAUGAGACCAACCUGGCAAUUUGGAGAUGUCUACGGGUUGGAUCAAGAGCUCCUCAGCAUGGUGCCAAGACCAGUGUGUGCAGUGCUGCUUCUCUUCCCAAUGACCGAUACGUAUGAGGCUUUCAAGCAAGAAGAGGAGGAGAAACUGAAGGGCGAGCGGCAGGAGGUCUCCCCCGACGUCUACUUCAUCAAGCAAACUAUCGGGAACGCCUGUGGAACGAUAGGAUUAAUUCAUGCAGUGGCGAACAACCAGGACCGCCUGGAGUUCGAGCCCGAUUCCCCCCUGAAGAAGUUCAUUGAACAAAGCUCCAAAAUGAGCUCUGAGGAAAAGGCAGCCUUCCUAGAAAAAGACGAGGCUCCGAGUUUAGACGAGAAAGUGAACCUGCAUUUUAUAUCUUUUGUGAAUGUUGGAGGACAGUUGUAUGAACUGGAUGGCCGGAAGCCUUUCCCCAUCGUCCAUGGAAAAACCUCAGAAGAUAGCUUCCUGGAGGACGCCGCAAAGGUUUGUAAGGCCUUCAUGGCCCGCGACCCUCAGGAGCUGCGCUUCACCAUCAUCGCCCUCUCCAAAGAUUGAGGAAGCUCACUUGUAAGAAAAAAAACAUUACUGCCAAACAUUCUCAGUGCUGACUUCAUUGGGAUUUUUGCAGGGGGGGGGGGGAACACGCAUAUCAGGGUUAUCAUGCUGAAGUAAUGUUACAUCUUUUUGUUAUGAACCGCUUGGAAUUCUAAAGAAAUCUGAGUGCUGCUAUAAGUAUUUCCUGUUGAGAUCAAAACCCUCCCUCCUCUCCUCCCCUCCCUCCCCCGGCUGAACCCUCAAACUGUAAAACGGAUAUCUGCUGCACUAUCACGACACUUCAGUGUGUUUACAUGUGGCUUUCAAUCAAAAAGGAAAUUGACAAAAGAUUCCUCGGCUCAACUUCUUCUCCUUUUAUUUUUACUGUGGGUUCAAAGAGACUCUCUUCCUGUAGCAGAAACAUGCAGACUGUACAUCCACGUGGAAGGUGCCUAGAUUCUGUCAAAUAAAAAAGCAAAUUUCAGAACACUA